AUACAUUCUGCACUUCCGGUCGAAAUAUGUGAUGUGAACUUUGAAAUGAAAACAACAAGUUAUUUUGGGCGAUAUAAUUACUUUUCAGGAAGAGAAGAAAGUUACUUUUAUCCAGACUGCAGGCACUGCUGUUUUGAAAUGCUGUGUUGCCCAGUUAUGACAUCAUACAAAGAGUAAAUGUUGGACAUCAUACAGAGAGUAAAUGUUGGACAUCAAACAUAUGAUAAUGUCAUCAUUAGAGUUAUCCGACGAGAUAUACAGUAGUGAAGAUGAAGAUAUCAUCAUUGCCAACAUGGAGACAAAAUCUGGCCUUCCUGAGAAAGGAAAGAUCUUGAGAGCAUGUAGGGAACAGAAUGAGCACAUGAAAGUGAUACAGUCAGAUACAGCUGUAGCUUCAGUGAAAAUGUCUGCAGCAAUAAGACAUGCACAAAGUCUCUAUGAUUCCUCCGACUCUGAGGGGGAGGAGAUAAUGAACAGAUUACCUCCACCACACCCAACUAGUGUGACUCCACCAGGCACAACUAGUAUAACUCCACCAAACCAGACUAUUGUGAACUCUUUAAAGAUUAAUAAAACAUCUUUUGACUCAAGGAGCUCAUCAGUGGUAACUGUAAAAUCUAAGUCUUCAUCAGUGGGGUCUUCAGUUGCUACACUGAAUGGUAAUAUAUCUUCAGAAAAAAUAUCUGAAAACAGUGGUACAUCAAGUAGAAGACAUGAUUCAGUUGACUCGGAAACAGAAAUAACUAAUAGUUACAGAGAAUCAAGGUUUAACCCAUUUGACAGAGACUUGUACAUAGAGGAAGACCAUUUUGAUGUUAACCAAGAAAAUCACAUGCGUAGGACUUGUUCAGAUAGAUUAAAAUCUGAUUCAAAUGAGAGCUCAUCUUGGACAGAUCCAAGUACACGAGGCUCGCACACAAGUGAUGAUAUAACUUUUGCUGAUCUUGGCCUGUCUGAGGAUCAUUACUCCCAGCCUGAGGGAUUUUUUGGUAUGAGUAGUACUGAAGAGUUAGAAAUGGCAAUAGAGACAUGUAAAGAAAUGAUCAUUACAGCUCAGCCUCACUCUGAUAAGCAGAAGAACCUUGUCAAGAAACUUAUUCAACUUAGAAUAAAACUUCAGGAAUUAAAGGAAGGUCCAGAACCUGUGCAGGAAGGUGUGAAGUUGGCAGUAGGUCACAAGUUUGUACUUCAUUCUGGGUCAGGUUCUAAACAUUACUGUGAGAAAUGUAAUGCUGUCAUUUGGGGAGUCUUACAACAAUGGUAUAAAUGUUCGGAAUGUGGCUAUUGUUCCCAUGAAAAGUGCCUUAACCAGAUUACAAGAACGUGUGCCUAUGUAAAGGUUCAGGAAGACCCAAUUUAUUGCCUUGAUAUAUGUCCUGAAAGGGGACUGUCAUCACAAAAUUACAGAUGUGCUGAGUGCAGGGGACCUAUAUCAUUUAAGUCUGGAUUUAGUGAGCCUCGUUUAUGUGAUUACUCAGGGAACUUUUACUGUGAGCUGUGUCAUUGGAAUGAUAACAUGUUGAUACCUGCUCGAGUUCUCCACAACUGGGACUUUGAUGAAUGGAAGGUAUGUCGAGCUUCCAAACAGUUUCUUAGACUGAUGGAGAACAAAGCUGUUAUAAGAAUACAAGAUAUCAACCCUAUGUUAUUCAGCUUUGUGGAGGAACUCAAUGAAGUCAAGAAAUUGAGAGAGGAAUUGCUCAUUAUGAAGCGUUAUAUCUUACUGUGUUCAUUAGCAAUGAAGAGUAAGCUUCUGUUACAACUGAAGAAUAGGCAACAUUUUGUAGAAAAUUCUGACAUUUACUCCAUGAAGGAUCUCAUAGAUAUUCAGAAAGAUACCUUGCUUCCAGAAUUAGCUCAAGUUCACUCCAGCUGGGCUCAACAUAUUAAAACAGAUUGUGAGGUAAAUAGAGGAUCUUUGAUUUUUUAG